AGGCCUGGCGAGAGCGUGUAAGCUAGAUGCUAAUUGGAAAGGCACUGUCGUGAGGAGAAGACAGAGAGCAGAUCACCUCAUCUCAGGGUUGGUGUGUGAGACCCUCACUCUGCUGCGGUGGAGGGCUUCACAGAAACAGAUACUGUGGCUGGAUGCAUCACACAGCAGAGCACUUUGUUGGGCGCGGCACACGGGACGCCUUCCCUCUGGACGCCCUCAACCGGGGACCAUGGGCUCCCGUGGGCAACCGCUCCUGGGCCCCGCCGUCCAGGUGCGCUCCAGGCAUCAAUCAACAUCAGUUCCAUCCCCAUCCUCCCCCUAGUCACGUGACUACUCUGAACCACCCCAGCAAAUUUUACCCCAAUGGUGCCCUCCCUCGUGGAGGUGACAAGCUGGACUUGUCCCCAGCAGCACUGUUGCCUGGGUUACCGCGGGAUGCCCCCCCUUCCAGGGUCCCGCCCCCCCCUCGCCCAUGGGAGCAGCUGGGUCUGUACGAGCCCUCGCCCGAGGACCACGCCCGUCUCCAUGGUUAUGGAGGCCCCACACCCACACACCUUGCGGCUCGCGCUAACCAACUGCUGAAGUUUGCCGGUGCUCCCCAGCCACAGCACAGCGGCUCCAGAGCAAUGGGACCUCUCGGAGACUCAUGGGGUCAGGCCCAGCAGCAACCCCGGACGUUUGCUGGCAGUCAGCUGAAGCGCGCGGCCGCGUCCCUGGGGGAGCACUCUGUGAUCCAGCACACGCCGCCCCCUCAGGCCCUGCAGCGCCCCCUGCUGGACGACUGCCCCAGCCCCAACAAGAGGAAGAGGAGCUCGCUCGCAGAGCAGCAGGGCUCUCACCCGGCACUGCAGCGGUUCUCAGGCCCCAUGGGGGGGCACCCAGCGCAGAUCCAACCCCCACCCCAUCCCAGUUCGCCCCCCCUCCCAAACCAGCCUUCUGGAGCCCCCUGCACAGCAACGCCACUCCACCCUGGGCCAACAGCCCCCCAGACAGGAAAACUAGCCCCACCGAGUAUCAGGUACCACACUUCUGACUCGUCUAAGUUAGGCAUGGGCGGUUUCAGCUACAAACCCACUCCAUCUGCUCCCUCACCCCUCUCCUCCCCUGGGGGCUACAACCAGGACCGUGCACCCCCUCAACUGCCCCCCCAGACUACCCACAAGCCCCUGCCGCCGCCCACCCCUCAGGCACUCGUGCAUACCCACCACAGCCACCCGCGCCUCCACCCUCAAAACAUCAAGCCCUCCUCCCACUCCCACUCCCACACUACCACCUCCACCUCCCACCAGGGACCUCCGCGGUACCAGGACUCCAGGAGCGGCGCAGCCCAGCCUCGAGGGCCCGAGCUGGGCUUGCCAUCAGCAGUGAGCCACCCUCCCUCUGGAGCUCCUAUGCAGCUCCACCAUCAGCAGCAGCAGCAGCAGCAGCAGGCGUCAUUACGGGGGGACACCAGCAGGGAGCGCCAGAGCGCGCCCACACCAGCAGCGAACCUCACCUCUGUGCCUUACAGCCUCCCCCACUUCCUCGGCCACCCAGGGAUGAUGACCCACGCCCACGCCCACACCUCAGGGGCACCAUCCACUCUGCCCCCUCAGGUCGCCAGUGCAUCACAUGCCCCCACCAACACCAACUCCAACUCCGGCCCUCAUGGGUGGAAGCCAAACAUCAGCCAUGGGCAACACACCACGGGCUCGGGGCAUUACAUGUCGUCGCUGGACACUCAGGUUGUGUGCGUCCCUCAGCAGAAGGAGCGGAGCCGCAGCAGAGACAACAGCGGCAGCAGCAGCAGUGGCAGUCAGGACCACCGGCGCACCCCUGGCACCCCCCAGCGGGUGACCCCUCCUCACGCUGCCGCCGUCCAGGGCUCGCCCAUGUCCAUGACGUCCAGGGCCCCCGUCAUCACCCCGGUCAUCACGGCCACUCCUCCGCGCUCGGAGGCCCCUCACACACCCCACUACGGACACACGGUCAGUAGAACGGGCCCUGCGGUGGGCUCUCCGCCUGGCGUGCUGUCCCACGCGGGUUGGAAGGCGUCGGCGGACGCGCUACACGCACUCCAGCACCAUGGCAACCUGCCCCACCAGGGCGGGUAUCAGGGACCCAAGACGGGCGGCGUCGGUCUGCACGCCCACGCGGAGAUGGGCAAACCUCAGCCGAGCCGCCCGGCGAUGCCCUGUUACUCGCACCCGAGCACCGUUCAGGCGCCCGUUACCAUGGCGACGGCUCCCUCGUCGGCGGGCGCGUCGCGGGCCGGCGAAAGCGUCAUCACCACCACCAGCAGCAGCAGCACCGGAGCGGUCAGUUGCUCCAAACACACUGCCCCCACCCGUGCCCCUGCCCCUGACCCCAUGCCCACUAACUCCUACAAGCCCCUCCACCACCUGCCCCCGACCGUCCCUGGACCCCAGACCACCAGCGUCACAAACAACAACAACAACAACACCUCAAUCCCAUCAUACACCAGGCCGGACGUAUCCCAGAAGGCCGUGCGGCCGUACCCCAAGGCAGAGCCGCAGUCGAUGGAGGACGUGCUGAAGAAGCUGGAGGCGGAGCUGCAGUCCCACAUGCGCCAGCGCGAGAGGGAGGACGAGGAGGAGCGACAGAAGGAGAGGAGGAGGAGAAGAAAGGAGGAGGAAGAGGAGGAGGAGAGGGAGAGAGAGAGAGAGAGGAAGAGGAGUGCCGAGAGGAGGCGCGCAGCAGAACAGCAGGAAGCGGCAAGAGCAGCAGCAGCAGCAGCCGUCGCCCGCAGUCAUGUCAUCACCACGACGACGACAACGACGACGUCCGCGUCGGAGGAGGAGUCGGCCAUGGAGAGUCUGGAGAGGCUACUGUCCGCUGACCCGCCACCUCCACGCCUGUCGCCGGCGACCGCGGCCCGCCAGCCGUCCCCACCGUACCCGUGGCUGAGCCGUGGUGGCGCAGGGAUGCCCUCGGGGUGCCCGCCCGCUCCCAUGGCCGCCGCCAGUCGCCCGCCGCCCCUCACGCCACAGACGGACUUCGCCCGCGAGAAGCAGCGUCAGCGUGAGAAAUGGGCAUCAUCAUCAUCAUCAUCAUCGUCAUCAUCAUUGUCCACCUCCUCCACAGCCCACACCUCGGGCCACAUCGUGCCAACCCCCAAAACCAGCUCCUCGCCCUCGUCCUCUGCCAUCCCGGCCCCGUCCAAAGACCUCCCCCACCCGCCUCCGCUCCGAGAGGCACCGCAGCUCUACCAGGCCUUCACCCGGGACCCCGUGCCCAGCUCUGCCCUGGGCAAUAAGCGUGUGCCCGCUGGAGGCCUGGGCAGCUUGGGCAGCAGUGCCUGCAGCAGCAGCAGCAGCAGCAGCGGCUUGGACUCGGACGGUGCCCAGUUUGAGGAAGAGCCCUCGGAGCUCCUGCCCGACGGGCUGGCCAACAUCAUGAAGAUGCUGGACGAGUCCAUCAAGAAGGAGGAGGAGAUGGACCAAGGAGGGUUGCCUCCGCUUGGCAUCGCCCCCGGCAACAUCAUCAGCAACAACAACGAUAGCCGCGGUGCCAGGGGAGUCCUGCCAGCGCCUCUGCCGCCAUUGAAGAGUUACCUGUGUGCGCCAGACUUGGUGCCCGCUGCCAAGCAGUCACCCGCCGAGGAUUAUGGGGCAGAUGGGCACAGCAGUCCGCCGGUGCUGAGUCGCCAGGGGUCAUUGGCAUCGCCCUGCAGCCGCACGUCAUCGCUGGAGGAGGACGACGAAGCGAGCAAUAGCCUCAAGAACCUCCUGCCCAGCAAGCCGUUGCUCGGCAACGGCGCCACCAACGCCAUGCCUGCCCCGGCGACCAACUACCGCCACAAUGACCUGGCCAAGCUGUACGGGCUGCCCGAGCUCCCGGCAAAGGUGGUGGAGGAGGAAGAGGACGACGAGGAAGAUGAUGAUGAGGAGGAGGAGGAAGAGGACGAAGAGGCGCCACUCCGGCGUCCACACCUGCACCAGACGGGCGUGGGCAACGCUUUCAAGUCACUGGCCACCGCGCUGGAGAGCCAGAAGUACACGUACCGCGGUGGACCCUUCGGCCGGCCGCCACCAUCCGCGCUCGUGGGCGUCAAGUACUCGUCCUCGCUGUCGCUCGGCCCGGGCAUCGCCAGAGCCCAGCAGUCGUCCAGCGACAGCUGCUCCCCGACGUCGGGCUCGGUCAGUCACCCGGGCUUCGGCCGGUCCGAGACCAGCAGCCCUGCUGAGCAGCAGCAGCAACAGCAGCAGGUCUCGUCCACGGCGACGGUUGCAAAGACGGCGCCGGUCACCGACUGGUCAGCAGAGAAGAGGCGCGAGGACAUGGAGGAGGUGAAAAGGAGGAUCGCGGCUGAGCUGUGGGGAGACGAGACGCCCGCCAAGGAGGAGCGGAGAGCGAGGGACAAGGACAGAGAGCGAGAGAGAACGAGGGAACGCUCGGAGGAGAAGAGCGAGAGCGACAGACGCAAGGAGAGGAAGGACGAGAGGCCACGACUCACCACCAUCUCCGAGUCGUCGCUGGCCGAGCUCGGACGCAGCUGCGAGGACCUGCUGACGCGGCACGCCCAUUUCGCCGCGACUGUCCAGACCUCUGCCCAUCACCACCACCACCACCGGCACGAGGAGACGCGGCAAGGGGAGAAAGAGAGGGAGCGAGAGAAAGAGAAGGAGAGAGAGAGAGCGGAGAGACACCGGGAGAAGAAGGAGAGCCGCAAGCACCAGGAGCGCAAGGAGAAGAAGAAGAAGCACCGGGAGAAACGCGACAGCUCCAGCGGCAGCAGCAGCAGCAGCAGCAGCAGGAGGCACAAGGACAGCAAGCCACACAAGGACAAAAAGCAUCGCCAGGUUCUGGCCAGCCUGGACCUCCAGGGCAAGGAGGCGCGCGACAAGGAGCACCGGACGCACGGUGACGAGAAGAGGAGGCGCAGGGAGGAGGCCGGGGAGAGGGGAUCGUCCAGGGACGGCACGCCAACUCCGUCCUCCUCCUCCUCCUCCUCCUCCUCGGACUUCCUGCGUCUGAAGGCGCUGUCGGACGGUCCGCCCAAGGAGCUGAAGAUCCGUCUGAUUAAGGUGGAGAGUGGCGAACGGGAGACCUUCAUCGCCUCCGAGGUGGAGGAGAAGAGAGUCCCUCUGGAGGACAUCACCAUCAAGAACACGGCCAGUGAGAUCAUCAGGGCCUGCAAGAGUGCCCAAGUUAAGGGCAAGUUGAAGGAGUCCUACCUGCUGCCCGCCUUCUCUGUCAAGCCCAUCAUGCCCACAGAGCUGCCCAUUCCCAGAGAGAAACUCAACCCUCCUACGCCUAGCAUCUAUUUGGAGAGCAAGAGAGAUGCCUUCUCCCCUGUGCUCCUGCAGUUCUGUACUGAUCCCAAGAACCCCAUCACCGUCAUCAGAGGCCUAGCAGGCUCACUCAGACUCAACCUGGGCCUGUUCUCCACCAAGUCUCUGGUGGACGCCAAUGCAGACCAGCCCGUGGAGGUGCGGACGCAGGUGCAGCAGCCGGCCGACGAGAACUGGGACGCGGCAGGCACAGGCCAGACCUGGCCAUGCGAGAGCAGCCGCUCCCACACCACCAUCGCCAAGUACGCCCAGUACCAGGCCUCCAGCUUCCAGGAGAGCCUUCAGGAGGAGAAAGGGAGCGGGGAUGAGGAGGAGGAGGAAGAGGAGGACAAGAAGCCGCCCAGCACCUCCGAGACGCCCGCUAGCGCCCCCUCGGCCCCAGGGACGGAGCACAAGCCCGUGGGGAAGAUCAUCAAGUUUGGGACUAACAUCGACCUGUCGGACCCCAAGCGUUGGAAGCCCCAGCUGCAGGAGCUCCAGAAGCUGCCGGCCUUCAUGCGCGUGGCCUCCAACGGCAACAUGCUCAGCCACGUGGGCCACACCAUCCUGGGCAUGAACACCGUGCAGCUCUACAUGAAGGUCCCCGGCAGCCGCACGCCAGGGCACCAGGAGAACAACAACUUCUGCUCGGUCAACAUCAACAUCGGCCCUGGAGACUGCGAGUGGUUCGCCGUCCAUGAGAACUACUGGGAGGCCAUAAACGACUUCUGUGAGAAGCAUGGUGUGGACUACCUGACAGGGUCCUGGUGGCCAGUCCUGGACGAUCUCUACCGGGCCAACAUCCCCGUGUAUCGCUUCGUGCAGCGACCUGGCGACCUGGUGUGGAUCAACGCCGGAACCGUGCACUGGGUCCAGGCCGUGGGCUGGUGCAACAACAUCGCUUGGAACGUAGGCCCGCUCAACUCCUACCAGUAUCAGCUGGCCCUGGAGCGCUUCGAGUGGAACGAGGUGAAGAAGGUCAAGUCCAUCGUUCCCAUGAUCCACGUGUCCUGGAACGUGGCCCGCACAGUCAAGGUCACCGAACCGGACACCUACCAGAUGAUCAAGUGAGUACAAGCUAAGGAGGGGAUGAGUGCCUCUCAGAGAUGGAAAUGCCAUAUGGCCUAAAUAAAACAAUACCACUCAUUAAUAGAGUAAAUAGAAUCAUCAAUGCAUCCUGCUAUAUGUAACAACCAUGUAUAACUGACUAUGCGGUGUACAUGCAACUGUUAGAAUGAGCUAGACUACAUAAAAUGUGCAUAAAACGAUUUAUGGUUUCUACUAUGCUAAUACUAUAUCCUAUACAUUGACAUUUAAAAUGUAGCUGUGGUGACCUACUGUGGUAUAUAAUUGAAAUGCAGGG